AUGGUGUCGCGGCUUGUCUGUGUGGCGUACUGUAUGGCUGACGUUCUCUCGCUCGCAAGAUGUUACGGCUGUGAAGAUCGCAUCGCUUCAAAGCUUACGCAGAUCUUCACGGCCAAGCCACUCGUGUGGGUUCUGAUUGGACUUGGAUCCCAUCCCAAGCAUUCUAGAUCCUAUCUCGAGCUUGGUAGAACAUUGAAAUGCAAUCGACUGUAUCUCACCGCUCUUCGGCGCUGGCAGCAUAGAUGCAGGGGGGGCUUUGACCCGGUUCAAGAGUAUGCGGUGAUCGCGGACAUCAGCGAAGAGGAGGCCAAAACUCAAAUCGACAAGAUGGACACCUGGGGAAACGAGACAGUAGAAGAAGUCAAGCGUCGAUUACGCAACCUCGCACUGGCAGAGGUGCCAAACGUCGAAGGUCACGAAUGUGAGAAGAAGACGAUCCUCACCAGCUUUAUCAAUGCCAUCAGUUGCUGUCGCCCUAGAACCACCAAGAAGAAGCAUCAGACGGAGCUCUUUGCCCGUAGUAUCUACGCUGGAUUCACACAGCACAUAUCCGCGCAAGCAAUGGAGUAG